CGGGAGGUGAAGAGAGUGAAGUUCUGAAGUCUUUCGACACUAUGAGGAGGAGAAACAGUAGCAACGCCAGUAGGAGAAGCUCAACAUUUAGAAGACGCAGUGAGAAUUUGCACUUUGAUGAAUUCGGCUUUGCUCUUACUAAACGAAAGCACCAAAAAGUUCAUCACCGAUGUCAUGAUUACAGCUACCCCCAGCUGAGCCCAGUGAGGGUGAAAGAGCUGUGUGAACUACUCAGUUACUGGAAUGGAGCCAGCUUUAUCUGCAGAAGCCAGAUUGAGCGAUUUAUCAAGAUGGGUAUUCCUCCAAGCCUGAGGGGGAGAGUAUGGAAAUGUCUUCUUACUACUGACAGUCUGCGAGAAACUAGUGACUUCAACUACCAGAAGUGCUUGUCAGAUGUGCGAGGGCCCCUGGUGGACUUGGGAGUCAGUGAAUAUGGUAUCCUGUCGGCAAUCGCAACACUGAGCGAGACCCAAAAUGAUCUGGGUUUGAAUCAUCAGCAGCCGUCGAGCUGCCCUGAGACCAGUUACUCUGUAGAUGACAUCACUGUCUUCAGACAGAUCGCCCUGGACUUACAGCGUUCCUUCCCUACGCACCGCUCUUUGAUGGGUGAGAGCCCGGAAGCCAUUGAGGGUCAAGCUAAACUCUUCAGGGUCCUCAUCGCUUAUGCCAAGUACAACCCACAUGUUGGAUACAGCCAAGGGAUGUCCUACAUAGCAGCCGUGCUGCUAAUGCAGUUGGAAGAGGAAGAGGCGUUUUGGGCUUUGACGGCCUUGCUGGAUAAACCAAAAUACCUUGCUGAACUGUUUGAUGUCGGCCUCACCAAGAUCCAGCAUCAGGUGAAGAUGUUUGACCAGUUCCUGAAACACAGGAAGCCAAAGCUCUUUCAGCACAUGGAAUCAGUGGGAGUCUUAACAGUUCACUUUGUAAUGCCGUGGUUCCUCACUCUGUUCACUUCCCUGCCCUGCUGGGACUCUGUCCUUGCUGUUUGGGAUCUAAUCAUUCUGCACGGCCUGUCCGCUGUGUUUCGCACCACCCUGACCAUUAUUGAGCUGCUGGAGCCUAGACUGAUGGAGCUGAAUGAUGAGGGAGCAUUGCUGCCCCUGCUGUUGAGAGUACCUGUUCAUGUGGCCCAGUACACCGUGUUGGUCCCUGCCCUGUGGAACACCGAGGUCCAAGACUGGGAACUUAAAUGCAUGGACAGUCUGGUGUUGGAUGAGAGCCACCAUGGACUCAAAGAAGAAAAUAGUGAAAAUCAAAAAGUAACACACCCAUCCCAAGUCAGCGGAGGAGGAAAUGAAAAUGUAUCAACACCUCCACAAGAGGAAAAGGCGACAGAGAAAGACUCAGUUACUGGGGUCAAAAAGGUGCUGAAUCGUGUGAUACGCCUGGCACAGCGGUACCUGUUAGACCCAAUGGGUAGACAGGGGCUUGAAGAGAAGAGUUCUCAAACACAAGCCAAGCCCAGACAGCGCAGUCCAGCACCCAGGCGUGGCCUUAGGACACGGACCUCCACUUCGUUUACACAUGCUCAGAUUAGAUCCAGGAGGCGGAGCCAGCAGAGAGGCAGAGCACAGCAGCCUGCAGUGCAGGGAAGCGGUGGUGAUCUCACUGGGGCAUCUGUCAAUGUGACUGAUACAGCUGGUAAUGGUAAAGCUGACAGAACCUUCAAGAGGGCAGGCACAGGUCCUGUUGGAAAGGUGGCCAAUUUCCACGGCAAACACAGCCAAGUGCAGCCCACCAGAGUGAAGUCACUCCGUGUCCUCCGAUACAACAAGAAUCAUCUGAGCCAAACACCGACUUCCUCCUCUACCCUCACCUCUUCCUCCACACUUCCUCCUUCUCCCUCUUUCCUGGCUUCAAGUACGUCAUCUUCCAGCACAAGUCAAAGUGAGGAUCAGCCAAAGCAGCAGGACACACCCAGGACAGCUCUCCUCAAGGAGUUGUCUUCCAGACAUCAGACCAGUUUCCCAUUCCGAAACACCAGAGAGUCCAAGCUGAUCUGACGGUGAAGACCGGUUGUGUGUAACAAGUGAAGAGAUGCAACAUUUCAUAACUAAUGAAACCACAAACUUGAGUCCUGUAGAUCAGGUGAUCUUGUUUGGUCUGGGAUCCAGAUGAGUAACUCCUAAGAACAAUGAACCAUAUUAAAUUGCAGUUAAUGUCAUCUGAGGACUCCUGUGUGAGUUCUCUAUACCAAACUGUAGAUCAUCUAAAAGUGUUUCUUAAGUAACAUAGAUGUGUAAAAGCAGAUUUUGACUGUUCAUGAAUAUUAUGCAUUAUGAAAUUUGUAAUGCAAAUGUUUAGAGGGUAAAGUAUCAUGCAUGUAGACCCAGAUAUAUUUUUUAUGUAUGUGCUUUGCCCUGGUGCUGUUCAAAAGGACUGCUUUUUAUUGUCUUAAAAACUAUUAAAAUUCUUUUUUAAUGA